AUGCCGUCAAUGGUGUCCGCCGCCUCUGCCUCGUCCCCUUCCCCGCGUCGGCUCGCGUCGCAACCGCCGCUCCACUCUCCAGCAGCAAACAUCUUGCUGUUUCUGGUGGCAUUCCGAUUGCUCAAUGCGCUUGCUGUGCGCACCUUUUUUCAGCCCGAUGAGUUCUUCCAGUCCUUGGAACCCGCCUGGCAGAUUGCGUUUGGCAAGGACCAGGGCGCCUGGUUGACCUGGGAAUGGCACAACCAACUUCGAUCGUCAUUACAUCCGCUUUUCUUCGCGGCUAUCUACAAAGCAGCAGAUGUCCUUGCAACGACCUUCCGUCUGUCUGCUGCGACACGGGCAGAUCUCCUGAUUGCGGCACCCAAGUCCGCACAGGCGGUGAUUGCGGCGAUCGGCGACUUUUAUACAUGGAAGAUGGCGACUCGUGUUUACGGGUGCGACUCGCGGGGCGCAUGGACAACGCUGUUCGCAACGGUCCUCAAUCCCUGGCAAUGGUUUUGCUCUACGAGAACCUUGUCCAAUUGCGUCGAGACCACCGUGACGAUUGUUGCGUUGGACCAGUGGCCGUGGCAAUGGUCCACAGGCGCUCGAAUCGUCCGCAGUCGCACAAACAAAGCAGGUGACAAAGGCGCCACCGACAGCUCUAGGUCCCUUCUAUCAAGCCUGCGCCGUUGCCUAUGCCUCGCAGCGCUAGCUUGCAUACUCCGCCCGACCAAUAUCCUGAUCUGGUUGACUCUGGCAACUGUUGCUUGGCUGCGCUCCGGCUGGAGUCAGCGUACAGCGCUUCUUCGGGAGAUCUUCUUCUGCGGAUCAAUCAUUCUUGGCGCGUCAACUAUCGCCGAUCGUCUGUUCUACGGAUUCUGGACCUUCCCUCCUCUGCGCUUCUUAUACUUCAAUAUCGCUCAAUCUCUGGCAGUCUUCUACGGACGAAAUGAUUGGCAUUACUAUCUGUCGCAAGGCUAUCCCCUACUACUGACCACUUUACUACCGUUUGCCCUCGUGGGUCUUUUCCGCACAUUAAACACUCGCACGUUCUCAGCCGCCGAUCACUUGCAGACGGCGAUCCGCUUGCAAUUGGCCACCAUUUGCCUGGUGAUGCCACUCGUGCUGUCGCUUAUCUCCCACAAGGAAGUCCGCUUCAUCUACCCACUAUUACCUGCACUGCAUAUUCUUGCUGCGCCUCCACUGGUCCAGUUUUUCUAUCCUGCGGUCUAUUCACGGUCAUCGAGUGCUUCGACUCCACAGAGGCUAGUUCUCAUCUUCCUUAUCCUCGCCAACUUGGUCAUUGGUCUGUACACGAGUCUUUACCAUGGAUCGGGUGUGAUUAAUGUCUUGACGUACCUUCGUGGUCAACAUGAAGCUCACGGUGUAUCUGCCGGAUCAUCCACGACCCUGCGUCCCAAUCCUGGAAUCACCGCCGGCUUUUUGAUGCCUUGCCACAGCACACCGUGGCGCUCACACCUCGUCUUUCCAUCCAUCAAUGCCUGGGCACUGUCUUGCGAGCCACCGAUCGAUCAAACUCCAGCCAAAAAAGCCAUCUACAGAGAUGAAGCUGAUCAAUUCUACGACGACCCCUCCCAUUUCCUCCGUGAGAAAAUGAAGGGUGGACUCCGCUAUACUCCUUCAAGGCCAAGCUACCAAGCCGGAUAUCACUCCGCCAUUGACACGAAGGCUGGGGAGACCUGGACCCACGAGUGGCCCGACUACCUGGUCUUCUUCCAGCAUCUCGAGCCUACCAUGCACACUCUCCUUCGCGCCUCGUCAUAUGCCGAAUGCUGGCGCACCUAUAACACCGCCUGGCACGACGAUUGGCGACGUCGCGGCGACGUCGUGGUCUGGUGCCUGGACCCAGUAGAGCAAGAUGCAUGGCGUGUCCAAAAACAUAACCACGCACAAGCCGCCCGAGACCGACAUUUCGACCAAAUCAUCCAUGUCUUCCAGCGAGACGCCCGUCGUCAACAACAGCAGGGACUGAAAGCACUCGUUCCCUCCUCGUCGUCCUUUUCAUUUCUCUGGUCCUCGCAGACGCCCCGAUUCUCGACGUUCCCGGCGUGGCGCCGCGCCGUGCAGUCGUAUUUCUCCCCUCGUCCCUCCUGGCGACAGUCGUUGCAGUCUCUUUUUGCACCACGUCAGGUGAGCGUAUGGCCAUGGAACCGGCGAUCACGCUCCUUCUGGGAACGGUUCUGGACCCCCAAGCCAGGGAUGUGGGGUUUGACCCCCUCAUCGUUACUGGACUGGUUCAGGAGAAGACAGGAAUCUGAGUCGCAGGAUGAUCGGGAAAUGUGGAAUUGA